AUGAAUGUAAGAAAGAAAAUUAGGGUGUUUGAAAUAAAUUUGGGAACUACUUCUAAAUAGGAGAUGGACAAUUAUUGUAAGAGAUUCGAGGAUAGAAAAUAAUGGAAAAAUGAUAAUUUGAUCAGAUUGUUGCAUUUUCAUGAAAAUAGCAAUUCGAUGAUGUGUGCAGAUGUAUCUCAAGCAACAAUAAUUGGGGAAUACUAUUAGAUGACCCUGAAUUCAGAGGCUGAAUAGAAUUUUACCUAAUCAUUUAUGUUUAAUGAAUCAAGGUUGUGGUUGAUAGCCUAUCAAAUAGUGAGUGCGUGUGCUUAUUUGGAGGAGAAGGGGAUGUAUCAUGGAGAAUUGAAGACUUAGACAAUCUAUUUGGAUGAAUCAGAGAACAUCAAGUUGAUAGAACACAGUUUCUUGCCUAAUCAUCCAGAUGCUUAUAGUAAGGCCUUCAUCUUAGAUGAAUUUCAUUUGUUACCUCCUGAACAACUGGAGGAAUUAAAGCAAUCGAUUCCAGCUACUUAGAAGAGCGGAGUGAAGGGAGAUGUAUUUACUUUGGGAUUGAUUCUGUUGGAAUUGGCUGCUCAAUAAUCCUCAUCGGCAUACUAUAAUUGGCAGAAGAAGGUGGUAGAUCUGGAGUAGGUGAAGAAGAUGUGCGAUAUGCUAUUGUGUUUGGGAUAUUCUAGCAUAUUUUAGAAGUUGAUUUUGCAGAUGAUUGGGGAGUAUGAGAAAAGACCGACAUUUGUGGUGAUAAGGGAUGGGUUAUAGAAAUUGGAGAAAGAUAUUUUGGGAGGCAUCUAGUUUUACAAGAAUCACAUCAAAUAGGAAAGAAUGAAUGAAGCUAAUAAAAAAUAGUUUCAAACAUUUGGAUAAAAAAUGUGAAUACCAAAUCACAUCUAUAUCUUAAUUUAGCUAACAUUCUUA